UCAAUCAAAUAAUCCAAUAUGGCCGACUGCUACAAACGGAGGUAUCCUGAAGAUGCCAGUUAAUUUGGUUGAAACGAAAAAAGGAGUCGAAAAAGCAAAGUUUUCACUGUCCUUGAAUAGAAAUGCAACUUAUCUGAGCAACGAAGACCGACAACUUGCAGAUCCAAAAGAGAAAUCUGUGCCUGGCAAGUUCGGAAAUCACGAUAAUAAGGAAAACAGGCCCGCGAAGCGGCCAUUCAGAGGCACUUAUAAUAAUACUUUGAGUUCGGCUAAAAAGUUAAAGCCACUGACUGAAUCACCCAAGCCACCAGUAUUAAAACCUGCCCCGGAAACCGAGCUGAUAAUACUGAAAGCGCCAGUGGCAAGCGCUGCCAUGUUGAAUGGCCACCACAAUGACAAUCAGUAUGGGACGCAGCGCAAGAUACCCAUCGCCACCCUGUCUAACCUCGGCAACACUUGCUUUCUCAACAGUGUGCUCUAUACCUUGCGAUAUGCUCCAAGAUUCCUCCACAACCUCCACCACCUCGUGUCAGACUUGGCCAGUGUGGAGCAGAAGCUCGGCAGCAUACGACUGAAGAGUUCCUCGCUCGGAAGAAGCGCAGCUGGUCUAGCUUCGUCCGGUGCCCGGUCCUGGAGCAGCAAGGAUCUGCUCUCGCUUGGACAGUCGGAUAACUGUUCAGAGAAGAGUAAAAUAAGGAUAGCGACCGAGAAACUCCACGAGACCUAUCUAAAUCUUCGGGCAGCGGAGAGCAAGUGCUUCAACAGCAACUCGUCCGACGCGUCGCCCGAGCCCUUCGCGGCUGACGCUUUCCUCGCGGCGCUGCGAGACGUCAACCCCACCUUCGAAGGCAACCGGCAACAAGAUGCCCACGAGCUCCUGGUGUGCCUCCUCGACAACAUCCGCGAGACGUGCCGCGCGCUCAGCGACCGCGCAAGGUUACACUUGCCCGAGAACGGAGACAGUAACGGCAUCGGUCGGCAACCUAGUCUCGACGGCGACAGCAAACCCGGGCUCGGCAACCUUCGCAAGUCGUGGAAAAAACGCAAGGACGGCAACAAGAGACACUCGCCUACUGAAGACAGGGCGCCUUCCCCGGCCGAGCCCGACCACAGGCCUGGGUGGGACUUCGUUGCCGACGACUUUGAAGGCACGAUGGUAGUCCGCACAAUGUGCCUGGAGUGCGAAGCGGUAACGGAGAAGGCGCAAGCCGUGCUCGAGCUGUGUGUGCCUGUGGGCGAGGAGGAAACUCCCGACUCCGAGCCGUUCCGGGCCGCUUGCCUCACCAGCGAGUACCUAAGGGACCAGAACAAGUAUUGGUGCGAACGCUGCCUCCGCUACAACGAAGCGCGGCGCAGCGUGGCGUACUCCCGACUACCUCGAAUUUUAGUUUUGCAACUAAAAAGGUUCAGCGGCGGCAUGGAGAAGAUCACGCGGCACGCGCCGACGCCACUGCUGAUGCCGUGCUUCUGCGAGGCGUGCCCGCAGGACCAGUCGCCCAGCCACAGCUACGUGCUGUGGGCGGUGAUCAUGCACCUGGGCCAGUCGCUGUCGGGCGGGCACUACGUGUCGUACGCGCGCGCGGCGCCGGGCCCGGGCCCGGGCGACACGUGCUCGCGCACCGGCGACGCGCCGCCGCAGCCAAGCUCCUUCAUGCGCACGCUGUUCCACCGGCCGAGGCAGCAGGCGCCGGGCUGCGCCGCUAAAGAGUGCUGCGUGCCCCGACCGCGACCUGAAGCCUCGUGGCUGGCGUGCGACGACGAGCAAGUGAAGCCAAUCUCCAACCAGGAUUUCCACGACCUGCUGUCUGCCGAGCCCAAGCUACGCUCAGCCGCCACGCCCUACCUGCUUUUCUACGUCAAAAGCGAAGACGGCUAG